AAACCCCAAAAUUCGCUCUCACCCCCGCUCCCUCUCUCUACUUACUGCUAACAAACUUAUCAACAAUUCUACUCUACGUUGAACUUGCCAAGACUGUCUCUCCCUCACGUCUUCUCUUCCUCGUCCUCCUUCAAUAAUUUGAGCAAACAAACAACAACCAAAGUCUAAUUGAAUUUCGAAAGGUGAAACUCUCUCUUGAAGCCGUGAUCGAUCCUCUGCUUCUCUCCUGUGGUUGUGAUUAUUAGAAGUUCUGACCCGUCAUUUGAUCUUCUUCUGACAAACGAUCCAAGGUACAGGGAAUAAUUGGACAUGGGAUGCCUGGUGUCGACCCCAAAGGACUCGGGAGGAAACAGAAGGCGGCCAGCAAAUGUUGGGGAAAUUUCUGUUUUUGUUCCUGGCUUACGGAUCCCUAAACCCGUUGACUUCUCUCCAUCAUUAACCGAUCACGUGUCUAAAACUCUAGUUGAACGCCUUUCUGCUCUUAGAACCCGAAUAGUUGUGAUGGCUGGCCAAGAAGGUCCAACGAUUACAAGGACAAAGAGAAAAACAGCUACCCAACAUGGAGGUUCAACUUUAGCUGAUCUUCAGCAGGCACUUGAAGAUUAUUUGCCAUUUCUUCUAGGAUUAGUUAAAGACGGAAGUCCGUUGCAACACAAGGUACAAUUUGUUUGGGUUAAUCAGGAGGAUGAUGCAGAGGAAACACCAAUGUCUAAUGCUUGGUAUGAGGUUUUGUCAGUUUUGCACUUGCUGGCAUCAUUAUCAUUGUCACAAGCCAACUUGCUACUUCUUCCAAGAACAUCUGCCGAUGGAUAUCAACCAAAAAUAUCAGAAGAGAGCAGACGUACCUCAAUUGAUGUACUUCUGAAGGCAGCUGGAUACCUCGAUUGUGCUGUCAGACAAGUCCUCCCACUGUUACCCGCUGAACUCAGAAGAGGUCUACCAGUUGACCUGACAGAAGGUGUUCUACGAGCGCUCUGCCUUCAAGCAUUAGGGCAGGGUGUUGAUAUCCAACUUGGACUGGCUAUUGAUAGUACCAAGGCCACACUUGCAGUGAAGCGAAGACUAGCAUGCGAGAUGGUAAAAUACUGGCAGCAGGCUCAAGAUAACUUGACAAACCUUCCUCUGUCAAAUGGUUGGGGAGAAAAGCAUCGGUUUUUUGUUAAGUGGAAAUACAUCGAAGCAAAGGCUGCAGCAUAUUACUACCAUGGUUUGAUCCUUGAUGAGGGAAACACAGAAAAAUCACAUGGGAUGGCUGUAGCUGCUUUGCAAGCAGCCGAUGAGUUUCUCAAAGAAAGUAAGAAGACGUCUGAUGCUUUCAACACAGCCCCUCCUCUAUCAAGAAAUCCACCUCUGUGGGGAACCAUGAAGUAUCUGUCUGAGAAGAUCCCGAAAGACACGUCAAGCAAGGUGCGGAUAAACCAGGAUCUGUACUCCCAUGACAAAAUUAUGGAGACGGCACCAACAUUGCCAGAUUUUGCAUUGGCUCUAAAGCCUGAUGAUUAUCAACUUCCUCCGGUGGACAUCUCUUGGAAUGACGAAAACGUGAACAGGGGGCAAUAAGGCCGAUAUAUACCUAAAGGACAGUUACAAUAUUUUGUCAUGUUGCCAUAGACAGGCUACAAACAAGGGCAGAUUGGUGACUAGUGACAAGGAAAACUAUUCUUCAAUAUUUUGUUUUACAAAAGGUCUUCUUUUGCUGUCUUUAUUCCUAUAGAUUUCUCAUUCCCUUUUCCUGGGAGAUGCCUCACCUGUAAAAGAGCUUUGUACAAGUCCCUGUUGUGUCUUUACGGCUCCAGGAAAAGGUGUAAUUGUAUUUUCCAAAUCCCAAAAUGAUGUGUAUAUGCUUCUGUUCACCAAACAGAGGGGAGUUCAAUUGUCCAUUUGUUUCGAUUGAAAAGUUCUGUAGAUGCCCUGUUAUGUGUUGAAUUGGUCAUCAGGAGAAAGCAUAUGUUAAAUGUGUUCACCAGUAUUCCUCAUUUGCUUAUUGGAAGUAAACUCUUUCGUUACCAACAAAAAAUAA